UUUGUGUUCAACAGAUGUAAUAAAUUCAUACUAAGAGUGAGUAAAUGAUAACAACAUUUUUAUUUUUUUGGAUGAACUUUUUAAUCAAGGGAUAAUUCGUUUAAAGUGAUAACGCUGUCAUCUUAUUCCAAACUCGUAUGACCUUUUGUAGUAACACAACAGUCACAGUCUUUCACUUCAGUGUGAAAAAGAUGCAAUGAAAGCGAACGGUGAGUGAUGCUUGUCAACCCUUUGCAUUCUGCAUAACACCUAGAUUUGUUUUCCACGGAAGAAAGAAAGUCAUACGGGUUUGUCACAACAUGAGGGUGAGUAAAUGAUGACAGGAUUUUUAUUUUUGACCGAGUUAUCCCUUUAAUAGCAGUCCAUUUAGUUGGUCACUAGAGGUCGCCGUUGAGCUAUCCUGAAAAUAACAAUUUAAAAAAAUGAGAGGAAAACCUUCACGUCAUGUCCGGUUAGCUUAGCACGUCGGGAGAAUAAAAAUGACCUCCGAUGAUUCGUAGCACAAAUAACAUCGUAUAACAGCUAAACAGAGCGUAAGCACAUUAUUUAACUGUAAGGGUAAUAUUGUGAGAGAAGUACCAUUAUGGCGGCUUUGAUUUCGUGCUGUUUUGGCUGUUGUGGAGACAAUAACAGAGGCCACGUAACACUGAAGGAAAUGCCCACGGUUCAGCUGGACACUCAUCACAUGGGUACUGAUGUUGUUAUUGUAAAGAGUGGAAGACGCAUAUGUGGAACUGGUGGUUGCAUUGCAAACGCCCCUCUCCAUCAAAACAAGAGCUACUUUGAGUUCAAGAUUCAGUCCACAGGUGUUUGGGGAGUAGGAGUGGCAACGCAAAAAGCAAAUCUGAACCAGAUCCCUAUGGGUAGAGACCCGCACAGUCUUGUGCUCCGGCAAGAUGGGACCGUCUACCACAACAAUGAAGAAAAGAACCGAUUACCAGCUAACAGCUUACCGCAGGAAGGAGACAUUGUGGGUGUUACAUAUGACCAUGUGGAGCUGAAUUUGUACCUAAAUGGGAAGAAUAUGAACUGUCCAGCGUCAGGCAUUAGAGGAACUGUUUAUCCUGUAGUUUAUGUGGACGAUAGUGCAAUACUGGAUUGCCAGUUCAGUGACUUCUACCAUUCUCCUCCGCAAGGCUACCAGAAGAUUCUUUUUGAGCAGCAGAUCUUCUAAAGUUCAUGACGUGCUGUAUAUACACUAAAGAUAUGUGCUCCACAGCCGGGAUUUGAAGUGCUACGGUUAUGACUGACUUCUAACAAAUGUGUGGCUCAGCCUACUGAAAGGAGGUGAUAAAACUGUGUAAAACUGACACAUAUCUGGCCAUUACUACUCAAAAAGUCCUCCUAUGUUUUUUGGUGCACUGAUGUUAAAAUGCUUAUUCAGAACACACAUCUUUAUUUACACUUCAUCAGACACUGUACAUUUGAAGAGUUCAGAUGCAAAAGCCUCUAAAUCCAUCUCACGUUUUUCUUUAAAAUUAGCAUUUCUUUCUGGCUACUUUGUAUAGGUUUCUGUGUAAGUACUGCUACUUCUGAUUGGGCUGAGGCUGGAAUUUAGCGAGCCUGAGAGAGUAUCAUUAUCUCAUUUUUGACCAAGAUGGCUUUUAGCUGGUUUUGCAUCUGAACUCUUCAUUUACAGAUGUACAGAAUUAACAGUGUACUGUUGUGAACAUAUGGAUUUUAGUUGGCUGGUUUGAAUACAAAAACGGGUAAUAAUGGAGUCACAUAUUACAGCUGACAAUCGUAACUUUAUACUUUAUGCAUUUCAAAACAGUGAUGCUGACCUGAAAUGCUGACACUGACUCAAAAUACGGUCAAAGCUCCUUUGUUAUUGUCAGUCUAUCUGAUGCAUAGCAUCAUAAUGAUUUGGAUUUAUAAAAGCCCCACAAAAAUACAUAUAUUUAAAUUUAAUGACAUUUAUAUUUGAUUGUAUUUUUUUUUUUUUUGCAUUUUUUUCCAUUUUUCUUGAAAGGACAGUGGAGAUAUGACAGAAAGUAAGUGGGAGAGAGAGGGGGGACAGGGUCGGGAAAGGUCCACGAGGCGGGAUUCAAACUCGGGACUCCCAAAGUGCAGCUGCACUAUAUGUUAGCACACUGCCCACAAGGCUAUUGGUGCUGGCGAUUGUAUUUUCAUAUUAUGUUCCUAUUGAUAUACAUUAUGUCUUAUAUCAUUAUUGCAGUUUCUGCACAGGAUUUAGUGUGACUAAUAUAUAAAGAAAACGUGAGAUGUGCAAGAGGAUAAGAAGUCUAAAUGUUAUUUACCUUAAAUAUUUAAUAUUUUUACCUGGGUCAAAUUAUCUAAUUGUGUGUGUUCUCUAAUUAUGAAUUGUUUCAAUUGAUCACAGAACUGUUUUUAAUAAAUUAAUGAAUAUUGUUUUUUUGUUUGUUUUUUGUAUGUUUUAAUCUGGCAGGUCUUAGUUUGUUUCUUUUAGUAAUUAAGAUUUAGCUUUUGUCAUUAGUUCAUAAAGGCUGAACUGUCCAGAGCGCACUGUUCUGCGCGGUGACGUAUCUUUACGUACGUUACUGGCGUACGUAUCCUGUCAGCUGAGCAAACUUGCGCAAUCUGUAGUCUACGCACAAUGACGCAAAUCUACAGUACAGGUCCAAUAAAAAAUGAAAAAGCCUGUCUGAACUCCAAUAAUGUUUCACUGCAGAAUCGCUGUUCCUUUU